CUCGGCCACCCCCCCCCACCCUCGAGGCGGACAUUGCCCAGACUCCUCCCGCCCGUCGCCUCUCGCCGCCGCUCGUCUCUCGCCACCGCCACCGAGUUGGCGUCAUGAGUUGGACCCCCGUGUCGCGGUGCUGUCGGGCUGGAGGAGGAGGAGGAGGCGCGCGGGCCCGGCUCGUGGCGAGGGCGGUCGAGGGUCUCCGGCGGGGCCCGGCUCCCGGGGGAGCCCGGAGGUGCGAGGGUUCGGUGCUGACGGCCGCCACGUGCCGAGUGUGGGCGACCCCUGCAGGAGUUGCUGCAGCUGCGGGGCUGUCAAGAUUGUGCGGCCCUGGCGUUGUGCGUGGCCUCCGGUGGGCCCUGCUUGGCGGUGUGGCCGGCUGGGCCGGGGUCCAGAUGCAGAGGCCUCCCCUUGCGGCCGCCCAAGCCACCAGCGGCUCAGACUACGCGCUGGAGAAGCUCAUCGAGCGGGCGGAUUACCUGUACGGCACGCUGGAGUCCGAGAAGCUCUACCUGCUGCUCAAGGAGCAGGCGGACCGGAUGGACAGCGACGAGGUGCUCUGGCGAUUGGCACGAGCGGCGCGCGACCUGGCCCAGCGGAGCGGCACGACCACCGAGGAGCGCCGGCGGCUCGCGUACGAGGCCCUGGACGCUGCCAAGAGAGCGCUCGACAAGAACCCAAGCAGCUUCGCCUGCCACAAGUGGUACGCCAUCUGCGUGAGCGACGUGGGCGACUUUGAGGGAAUCAAGGUGAAGAUCGCAAACGCGUUUGUGAUAAAGGAGCACUUCCAGAAAGCCAUCGAGCUGAACCCCAGAGACCCCACGUCGCUCCACCUCAUGGGAUUAUGGUGCUUCACGUUUGCCGAGAUGCCGUGGUACCAGCGGCGGAUCGCCGCCGUGCUGUUCGCCUCCCCCCCCAGCGCCACCUUCUACGAGGCACUCCAGUAUUUCAGUGAAGCCGAGCAAGUGGAGCCCAGCUUCUACAGCAAGAACAUGCUGAUGCUGGGGAAGACGCAGCUGCGCCUGGGGAACGUGCGCGGGGCGCUGCUGUGGCUCACCAAGGCGCGCGACUUCCCGGCUCGUACCGACGAGGAUGCCCAGGUGCAGAAGGAGGCCGUUGAGCUGCUCAAGUCGUGCACUGGCAAGGGGGAGCGCAAGUAGCUGGCGCCGGGGCAGCGGGCUCCGGCAGUGACGUGGCGUGGCAACGCUCCUCAUCCGCACGCGUCGGAUGAAGACGACGCCAUUGCUUCCGAGUGAAGAACAUUUGUGCGACGUAAUUGUAGCCUCUGAGGAUUUUUGUAGCGAUCGGUGAGAAUAAAAAAAACGCAAAAAGA